UCACUCAAGCUCAUUAAUGAAGGUUCCAGCUGGUGCUCCAUCCACCGCUGCUCUCUGUGAGCAUGUUCUGGACUCCAUGACUGACUGACGCUGACUCUGCGCUGUCAGGCAGGCGCUGGGAGCUGAAAUGAAGCGCUAGAUGGUCAAAGUGAAAGGAACCCAAUAAGAGUGAGAGAAGUGCAGGCGAUCCUCACACCGAUCAGACCGGGAGAAAAGCCCUGAGGCAGCGGCGGCUCAGCGGACACACACCACCAUGGCGAACAUCGCGGUCCAAAGGAUCAAGCGAGAGUUCAAAGAAGUUCUCAAAAGCGAGGAGACCAGUAAAAACCAGAUCAAAGUGGAUUUGGUAGAUGAGAACUUCACAGAGCUGAGGGGGGAAAUAGCAGGACCACCAGACACACCUUAUGAAGGUGGCCGAUACCAGCUUGAAAUUAAAAUCCCAGAAACCUACCCAUUUAACCCUCCAAAGGUGCGCUUCAUCACAAAGAUCUGGCAUCCUAACAUCAGUUCGGUGACGGGAGCAAUAUGUCUGGACAUUUUGAAAGACCAGUGGGCAGCUGCUAUGACCCUGCGGACGGUGCUGUUGUCCCUUCAGGCUCUUCUUGCUGCUGCAGAACCAGACGAUCCACAGGAUGCAGUAGUUGCAAACCAGUACAAGCAGAACCCUGAAAUGUUCAAACAGACAGCCAGGCUGUGGUCGCACGUCUAUGCAGGCGCUCCAGUCUCCAGUCCUGACUACACGAGAAAAAUAGACAAACUCUGCGCCAUGGGCUUCGAUAAGAAUGCAGUGAUAGCGGCCUUGUCUUCAAAAUCCUGGGAUGUGGAAACGGCAACAGAACUUCUCCUCAGCAACUGAGUUCCAUCCAGGUGCGAGGAUCCAAUCACGCACACAAAAAAACCCCGCCAACCCUCCGGUCAUCUGAGUGCCCCGGCUCCUCUGGGCACCACGCCACCCGUUUUUUUUUUUUUUUUAAACGGACGACUUUUGUCACGUUCAGCUCAGCAGUCUGAACCUUCUUUUAUUAGGAGCUUGCUACCAACCAGCAGCACAGAUGCCAAUAUGUUCACCACUCUGAUGCCUGUCCAUCAAACUGAGGCUUUUCUUUCUCUUCAUAAGCCCAAACAAACAUAUUGUUUUCCUCUCUUCUCACCAAUUUGUGCUCCAUUAUUUAACAGCUGCCAGUGGUUUGUCGCCACCUUGGUUUUUUCUCCCCGGUAACAAGCUGGAAUGUGCAUCCAUGUCUCUCCUACAGACUUUUAAUGCUGUAAAAAGAUGGAUUAAAUAUACUUGACUUGGAUAGUGCUGAGCAUUAGCGGUGCACUGGCUCUUUCCUGAACCGUUUGAACUUUGAUGUUUGGACUUUGCAUUUUGUACAUUUGAACAAGAAAGUUACUUCACAUCCUCCACCGUUCGCCCUCAUGCACAUAGAAAAUAAGCUGAAAAUUGAAACCUGUUUUACACACAUUUUUUUUCUCUCUCAAUUUGGACAGGACUUAAACUAUGAACUAUGCUCACUUUACUGAUGCACUUUUUACAAUCCAUGAAAAGUCCCACAGAGGUCCCUUUUUGCCCUCUUUCAGUGUGUUGGGCUUCUUCCCCUCCAGAUUCCUGAUCUGCGUAGGCAGGACAUGCCAACUCCUUCUGCUUAUCUCACAUUCAAAUAUUUUCUAGUUUAUUUUAGCCUUGCAUGAUCCUUUUAUUACAUUUGGCCAAUUUGUGUCUUGGAAAUGUGUUUAUUUGAAAACUUCCACUUUUCCCCGAAGAACAUUUUUCCAGUCCAGGUGAGCGGCCAUUAGGGGGUGUAAAUGUCAGGGUGGAUUGUUUGCCCAUUGCAGGACAACCAGUUUAAAAAUAUGGGAAUUUCCAGUAAAAGUGCAAUUUAUUUCUGAAUUUUGAACCCCUAAACACACACCACCUAGUUAAAACAAAUGUCCUUUAAGUGUUUUAAGUAACAAACCAAAUUGGAACAUAUGUGUGAAGGAAAAAGGUGUUAUAUAGAUAUAACAAAAACAAAGGAAGCUUUCACUUUGUCUGCACCACUGUGGCAGUCUUUAUGGGUAUUCAUCUCUGGCACUGGUGCCCCAGUCCUACCAUCCUGCUAGAGAGCUACAUCCCCUCUGCAGCAUCAUCUGACUGCAGUCUGUUAGAGGAAAGAUCUAGAUGUUUUGAAUACAGAAUUUGUGCACCUUGACUCUAGCAGACUGGACUAAAUUACUGAAAAUGAUCCUAGUUUUUGAUU